AAAAAAAAAAAGUCCCAGAUUCGAAUUUCAAAUUCUGCAUAAGAAUUCCCCGAAUUUUCUCCGAGAUUAUCAAGUGAAGAAAAAAUGGCCAAAGCGGAAGACCUAAAGAGAGAAGAGGAACAAGAUAAGGAGGCUGGAGUCGGACUCGAGAAGAAGGUCGCAGAUGAUGGCUCUGGAGAUGAGGAAGGUGACGUUGAAUUUGAUGCAGAGCUGGGAAAAGCCAAGUCAAGCGCCGUAGACAACGACGGAGAGGAUGUAGAGAGCGUGGACGAGGAAGAUGAUGGGGACGACGACGAUGACGAAGAGGGGGAACUGGGAAUACAGGACCUUCUUGACAAGUCACCUUCUCAACUAGAUAGUGGUAGUGAUUAUGAGAAUAAUGAAGAAGAAGAAGAGGAAGAAGAUGAAGAAGAUGAAGAAGUGGAGGAUGAUGAAGAUGAACCUGGAUCUGGUGGAAAGGUUGAGGCCCCACCAAAGAGGAAAAGAGCAGCCCAAGAUGAUGAAGAGGAGGAGGAAGAAGAGGAGGAUUAUGGAGAAGAGGCUGAAAAGGUUCCAACAAAGAGAAAUAGAUCUGGCGAAGAAGCACCGGAUGGGAAGGUGAAGGAGGCAGCAAAGGGGAAAACGCCAAGCAAUGUUCCCAAAGUUUGAUUGAUAGUGAUGAGGAAAGAUUGUUUCUUUAGGCUGUUGUUCUGUAGAAUGUGUUUUUGCUUCAUAAUUUCCAAACUGCUAUCAUCAAAUGGUGUUAUGAGGCCUUGCUUUUUCUGUCCUGUAGUUCCUACAAAAUAUGUCAAAGUAUGACAAUAUAAUAUGGUCAUUUUGUAGUUCAAUAAGGAUUCUUCUGCUUUUUCCCUUUUAUUGCAACACAAUCAAGCUGUCCAAAUCUUAGGAUGUGAACAAGGCAUGAGCAACUAUGCCCUGAAAAUUUGCCAUAUUGCUGUAUACGUAUUCGCUACAUUAUGUACACAAUUAUUUAUGUUUUGUGCACGUUCUAUUGGUCAUAAAUAAUCAUGCGUUGACACACAAUUAUGGUGUGUUACAUAUAAUUAUAAUUUGUACUCAAACAUUAGUUUUAGUGCACGUGAACAAAAUACCACUUCCGUCCUUUAAAAUUUUGCAAAAGUUGACCGGUACGAAGAAUAAUAAAGUAAAAUGUGUGGUUGAGAUUUGUGCAGAGGAGAGAAAUAACAGAAAGCACAAAAUAAUUUAUUAAAAGGGAAAGUGACAAAGUUUUUUGGAACGUUCCAAAAAGGAAAGAUGUCAAAGUUUUAAUGGAUGAGGGAAGUAUGAGUUUUCGGAAAAUUUUCUCACAUACUUCCAAAAAGGAAAGAUGUCAGUUACACGUGAUUUAAAAAACUGAAAAUGAAAAUAAAGAAAGGAAGAAAACAGGAAAAUAGAAAGGAAGAAAAUGAAAAAAGGGGUAAUCGACCAAGGUUAUGGUGUCGAUUUUCAGGAAGUCAAUUAAAAGGGAAAAUCGACCUUCAGAGGUCGACUUGCAGGGGGCAUCGAUCACCAGGGGUGCAUCGACCAAAAGGAAGUCGACCCGCGGGGGAUUGACAUCAACUAAGGGCCUGUUUGGAUGGACCGAUGGAGUGUUGAAAGGUGUUAGUAAUGGAAGUGUUAGUAAGUGUAGGUGCGGGUUCAGAAGGGAAGGUAAGUGUAAAAUAUAAACUUGCCUUGUUUGG